UUUGUUUAUAUAAAAAUUUAUUUAUGUUUUUUUGCAAAAUGAAUUUUAAUAGAAUUUAUAACAAAUCUAGAAGUAUCAGCAAUAAUUUAAUUCGUAGUUUUUCUGUUGGAAAAUGUCAAAAUGCAGAAAUUAAAUCAAAACCUAGAACUGCUAUUUUAAUGUUAAAUAUGGGAGGACCAACUAAAGUUGAACAAGUUGGAGAUUAUUUGUUGAGAAUUAUGACUGAUAGAGAUAUGAUGCAAUUACCUAUUCAAAGUAAAUUAGGACCCUGGAUUGCAAAAAGAAGAACUCCAGAAGUAAUGAAAAAAUACAGUGAAAUUGGCGGAGGCUCUCCAAUUUUAAAAUGGUCAAACUUACAGGGAGAAUUAAUGACUAAAGAAUUGGACAAAAUUUCUCCAGAAACUGGCCCGCACAAACACUACGUCGCUUUUCGUUACGCUGAUCCGCUGACUGAUGUAACUUUGCAGCAACUAGAAGCGGAUGGUAUUGAGCACACUGUAAUUUUUUCACAGUAUCCGCAAUACAGCUGCGCAACAUCUGGCUCCAGUUUUAAUGCAAUUUGGAAUUACUACAAAAAUAGAGGCCUGCCAAAAAACAUGAAGCUAAGUAUAAUUGACCGAUGGCCAACGCACCCACUUCUAGCCCGAACAUUUGCCGAGAAAAUAACCGAGCAAUUGAAUCAAUUUGACGGAAAAAUAAAAAAAGAUGUCCUAAUUUUAUUCUCUGCACACUCGAUUCCUCUUAAGAAUCUUAACAGAGGCGAUCCAUACCCUAGUGAAGUAGCAGCUACUGUUCAUAUGGUCAUGCAAGAGUUGAAUUAUUCUAAUCCUUAUCAUCUUGUUUGGCAAUCAAAGGUAGGACCACUGCCAUGGUUGGGCCCGUUCACCGACGAAGCAAUAAGAGGCUACGUCAAGCAAGGCAAAAAGCACUUUAUCAUAGUACCAAUAGCCUUUGUAAACGAGCACAUUGAAACUUUACACGAGCUGGACAUCGAAUAUUGCGACGAGCUCGCUCACGAGCUCAAAAUUGAUAAAAUUAGACGCGCUGCUGCGCCCAAUGACCACCCGCUGUUUAUUAAGGCCCUCGCGGAUGUUGUCAAGACACAUUUACACUCUAAAAUUCCAGUAUCUAGGAAAUUUGAAACCCGUUGUCCGCAUUGUGUUAACAAAAAUUGUUAUUCCAGCAAAAUUUGGUUUUCUGAAAAUUGUCGGCUAUAGAUAAUUAUUUUUUUAAAAAUUUAAUUAUACAUUUUUAUGUUUGAAAAAAUUUUUACAUGGGAAAAUUUUUUUAUU